CAAAAAAAGAAAAAAAACGUACGACACUUGCAGUAUUCCAUUGUAGCAGCGAUCACAACAACAACAAACUCAUUAGCUGAUUAACAGCGAUUGGAUAUUAAUUUUUGCGAGGAGUUCUGUUUUUUUCUUUUUUUUUUUUUUUUUUUUUUUUUGCAUUGCGCCUAAACUCUAUUGUUUUUAUUAACAUUGGAAAUACAAAGAUAAAGCGAAAGAACAGCGCAGCAGAACGGCAGGUUAUAUGUAAAGCCAACAGGUACGACAACAAUUUUAUAUUGCAUAAACUACGAGAAAGAUUUCACAGCAGACGGUGUGUCUACAAUUUCUUAUCGAGCGAAGGCGAGGAGAGAGUGGGAGGGAGAGAGGCGCGAGGGGAAAGAAAGCAAAGCUUAGCUUCUUUCAAUAACGUUCUUCUCUCUAACAAAACGCAUCGUGGCUGGCAGCAGUAAAACCUGUUGAGCUGCUAAAUAUCGUCAGAGAGGAAGAGUGAGAAGUUUCGUUCAUUUCGUUCUUCAUUUAAGAUUUUUUCACUCUCUUGGAGUUUUUCCCUGAACUCCGAAAGAGAGAUUUGAAAAAUAGCAAUUGUGAACGCAAACGUUGAAAAAUUGCCAAAUAUAUAAUAAAUAUGUCGGCCGAUUCACCGAGACGUACUUCAUAUGAUAACUCACGUGCUGGUACAUGCGUACCUGCCAUGGUAUCUCCUCAAGUAGUGACUGAUAGAUCCAUAUUAGAAUCGGCUAUAGGUUUUAUAAAUGAAGUCACUAUGGCUCCGCCACAUACUGACCCGAAAGACACAAUAACUUGGGCUAGAUUUGAAACAGCGGCCGAUAUUAGUGAUUUACGUUAUGGAGAAGAUUGGGAAUUAGACGGGAAUGUAGCACCGCCACUUUUGCUUAUACUUGGUUACGGUUCGGGUAUACAAGUUUGGGCUAUUCCAGCCAAUGGUGAGGCGGUAGAAGUUCUUUCCUGGCGUCAUGGUCAAGUGACAGCUUUAAGAAUAUUACCUACACCUUCUUUAUCUAUGACAACGGAGGACCAUGGCCGUGCUGAUGAAUUGAUUGACGCUUUUACCGAGAAACGUCCACUAAUGGCUGUGGUUGACAGUAAUCUUUCCUCAGGAGCACAGCCUCAGUUUUGUGCAGUAAAUUUUAUUUCCCUUAAAACAAGCGCACAAGUAAAAACGAUAAAAUUCAAAAAUCCCGUCAUUGAUAUUUUGGCAAAUCGCUCCUCAAUUGUGAUUACUUUUCAUGAACGUAUAGCCAUUUUUGAUGCCCGCACUCUAGAAGAUCGUCUAUCGAUUACCACUUGCUAUCCAAGUCCAGGAAUAAAUCCUAAUCCUGUGGCUUUAGGACCACGUUGGUUGGCGUACGCUGAGCAUAAACUUUUACCUUCUAAGCGUAGCAGUGGUGGAUGCGAUGGUGAAAGUGUUGCCAGUUAUAAGGCUACUGUUUUAAAUGCUGCCAAAUCCCUUGGGAAAGGAUUGCGAGAAUUAGGUGAGCAAGUAGCUGCCGGAUUAACUGGUACCACAUCCAGUGUGAGUAGUUCAAAAAGUAGUUCAUUCGAUUCCUCAACGACUGGGGAUUCUAAACAAGCCGGUAUUGUGACCGUUAUUGAUAUUAAAAAUUCCCUCAGAGAUUUUAGUCCAACAUCCGGUGUGCCCAUAUCCAGCAAUCAAGGUGUCGGCAGUGAUCCUAUAAUAGUGCAUUUUAUAGCUCAUUUUGAGGCCAUAGUGGCAAUGGAAUUUGAUAAUUCGGGCAUGCUCCUAUUGACUGCCGAUCGUCGUGGCCAUCAGUUUAACGUAUUUCGGAUACAACCACAUCCUGUUGGACCCAGUCUGGGCGCUGUUCAUCAUCUCUAUGUACUACAUCGCGGAGAUACCACUGCUAAAGUGCAGAAUAUUGCCUUCUCAUUGGAUUCACGCUGGGCAGCUGUGUCCACGCUCCGAGGUACUACCCAUGUAUUCCCGAUUACACCGUAUGGCGGCCCGGUAGGGACGCGAACACAUUCAUCUUUGCAUGUGGUAAAUAAGUUGUCACGUUUUCAUCGUUCUGCUGGACUUACGGCUGAUGGGCGUUCCAAUUCACCCAUAUCACAUUCGGAGAGCACCACUUUCACUCAAUGUUUACAACCUUACCACAAUCCGACUUUGCCCCCAUUCCCGCGGCCUACGUUAUCUACUCCUUUGGCCCAGUUGCGUCAACCUUUUGCUUUAGGAAGUCCACCCGGUUCGGCUUCUUUAAGCGGACCUUCCAAGUCGACGCCUAGUGGUACGGGAUCAGGAUCUCAGCGACAGCGUUUGCCUUCCUUAUCUGAUGACAAUGGCAAACCUUUGAGUGUUUGUGCUAUAUUCGCUAAAUCGCGUUCAUGGCUACUAGAUCCACCUAAUGUAACGCGCGAAGCUUCACAUCGUGUGCAACGUAAAUCAGUGGACUCGUUAUUUGUAAUGGCUGGUCAUGGAGCUCUUAUACAAUAUGACUUAGAUACAAGACUUGCUUCAACCGUUGCCAAAGAGAAGGUAUCUGACGAAACUCCUAUUGAAUUAAUUGUAGAAGCUAAAGCCCAAUGGAAUUUGGGAAGACGUAGAGAAGGCUCCCAUGAAAUAAGGCCACCACUUGCUUCGGACAAUUGGUUGAUGAAAAAUCGCAACUCUUGCAUGUUAACCGAUAGUACCCGGCAAUAUGAUGAUAUUGAUGAAGGAGGUGAUUCCUGGCUAUCGCAAGUGGAAAUAGUGACGCAUGCUGGUCCACAUCGCCGUUUGUGGAUGGGCCCACAAUUUGUUUUUAAAACAUAUAAUACACCAAGCGGGUCAAAUUUAAGUCUAGUGGAUACAGAAGCAGUGGAAAUAGGUCUAUCAAAGAGCAAUACAGCAGCAGCAACAGCCGGCGCUGCCGCUCUUAAUACACGACAUGAACGUUCGAGUCCUCUAAAUAUGCCUUUGACAGCUCCUAAUCGCUCGAGCGGAGUGCCCGUACUCAUCGAGUCAGGUUCUUAUAGCAGCAUUGAACAGAGUCCCAAAUUAAUGGAUCGCUUCCGUCAUGAUCAUUUAAAUUCGGACUUUUCCCUAACACAUGGUGAGACACGCCUAAAACAGGAUUUGGCUGAUGCUAUGCGUGAAUCACCUUCUGGAUCGUCUACUCAAAAAGAAGGUAGUAAUUGUUUGUCCGCUGAUACCGCUAGCACGGUUGCCGACAAUGUACCCUUUUAUGAUGCUUUAGCCGAUCACGAAGAGGCCGAUGAUCAGGAUUAUAUAAUAGCCCGUAACGCUUCAGCUGCAGCUCUCGCCACAGCUCUACCGAAUAUACAUUCGUACAAACCGCAAUUAGAUUAUGAGUUAUUGAUGGAUAAAAAAUCUAAAGCUUCUAUAGAAAAAAUUGUUAAUCCCUUGGGUACCGUAACAACAGUGAAUUCAUGUCUUAGUGUCGAUAUUAAGACCGAUAUAUUGGAUGAAGUUGUUUCACAAUUGGCUGCCGAAGAGGCAGUAAUACAUGAGAAUUGUGAUGAAAGCCUAUUCCGGCCAGUUGUCGCCAUAUUCUGCGAUGAGAAAAAGCAACAGCUAAACUUGGAAGAAACAGAAGAAGAAGAACGUAAAAAUCAAGAACUCUGUAAACCCCCCGAAGUAAUAGGCAAUAAGUUAAUAGUGCCGGUUAUAGCUAAAGAAGUAGACGAAGAGCUUAGUAAAAAGGAAAAACAAAAGACCUUAGCAGCAAAAACAAGAAAAAUGUUCCCCAAAGAAAGUCCUAUUAGGCAGAGAGACCAUAGUAAUUUUGAAGAGUUAUCAAGUUUGAAUAAAGAAAAGUGUUCGCCUGCAUUAGAAAAAGAGCCGAAAGAUAAUAUAAUAAAAAAGGAAAACAAUAAUAUUAGAGAAGAUUCUGAAACAAAACAACUUAGAAAAGAAUCCAUGGUUGAAGAAAAGAAUGUCAAGAAGCAAGAAAAACAAGAAAAUAUCGAAAAAGUUGAAAAAAGCCUAAAACAAAAACCUGAAGAAAGGAGAAGCCAAGAAAUACAAUUAAUGGAAAAUGUUGAAAUCAAGACACCACCUCAAAAUAAAGUCGAAAAACUUGAGGCAAAAUUUGGGAAAAAUGAAUCGGAACAAGUUUCCAAAAUAGAAGUAAAUGUUCGAAACAAUAUCGUUCUUAAAUCAUCGUUAAAAGAUACGGACACUAUAAAAGAUUACUGUGACAAAAAGAAAGAAACAGAACUUUGCUUAGAAAAAUGUGCUCAAAACGGGGCAGCGUUACAAUCGGCCGAUAAGAAAAAUAUUGGUGACAAAGAAAAUCCCCCACCCCCACAAUUGCCAGAAACCGCUAUUUCGCACAUGGAAACCAUAUCGACGCAACCACAGACUGCCGCUAAUACAGAAUUAUACAUAACAAAAAAAAACUGCCAUAAAAGAAAAGCAACCCACAACCUCCCCAAACGAAAAGAUGGAAAAAUCCAAGACCAAUCACCAAUCACUAAAAGAUCUUUAAUUAAAACUGAAAAAGUGUGUGCUCAAAGUUUGGUUGAUAGUCUCAUCGAUAUUGAUGAGAUGAAGGAGCAAUCAGUAAAAGAAAAUCUUGAAAAGGCAGUGGUAGCACCCUUUGGUGUAGGCAUAGAAUCUGCAAGGAAAACGAAAAAAAAUAAAAAGAGGAAUUGCAAGUCAUCCGGUUCAAGUUCGGAAGCUGAAGACGUUAUUGAAGUAAAAAAAUUAUUAAGAAAAAAGAAAUCGUCAAGUGAUUCGUCAGAUUGUUAUACACAUCUGGUAGAUAAUCCAUUCGAAAGGAAACAACAAAUUGUCGAAGACAAUGCAAUGUUUCUAAGUUUUAUUAAAACAGAAGAACGUAAAAAGGACAACGAAAAUAAAGACAAAUCAUACAAAAAGGACAAGUCAUCUGACGAAAAGGAGACGCAAAGAACGGAAGAGCAAAGUCACUUAAGUAAAGAAAUAGGGAAAAUGAAUGAAAGUUCCGAUAGAAAGAACAAGCAAAAAGCUACUGUGAAAGAAAUUUAUCAAAGUAUUGGCAAACAUGAGGAAAAGGGAGCCGAAAAGAUUAAUUCCAAUGAAGAUGAGCAAACGAAAAUGGGGGGAAGUGCAAGCAAAGGUGAAGUCAAAGAUGAUGCGAAAGAACCAGAAUUGACUGAAACUUUCAUCAAGCCAGAGAAUGAGGAGAAUGCCAAAAAAUGUGACAGCCAGCAAAAGAAAAACGAAGAUUCAUUAAUGACCAGUUAUGUACGAGAUUACAAAAAGAAUGAAUUUCAAAACAAACAAGAUAAGAAAGAUAAAGAUACCCGUCUAGCUACGGAAAAGGAUGACCGAAAGAUCAAAGAAACCAUGCAAAAUAAAAAUAAGGAACUGACAGAAAUGCAAAAGAGACAAUCAACGAGUAUACAGACCGUUGAAGAAGCAAAGCAAUCAGACGCACAUCUUAAACAGGAGAAGGUCGAAAAGAUUGAUAUAAGCGCAUCGAUAGAUAUAAAAAAAAGGGGGGAAAUAAAAAUCAAUGCCGGCAAAUCCACAAAGAAUGACAAUCUAAAACAAACAAUACCAGAGGAAAUUAAUGUGAAAACAGUAGAAACCACAACAUCGCAAACAGCGGUGCAUGAGUGUAAAAUAAUUGAAGAAAAGAACUCAUUAGAUGAAGAAAUCGAAGAAAACGAAACAGGGCUCAUUUCAAAUGAACCAAUUCCAUACGAUGAAAGUUAUAAAGAGGCGCUUAAAGAACCGAAGAUGAAGACAACAAAAUGCAACGAUAAGGCGGUAAGGCAAACUUUUGAAAAAAGCAAAGCGAGUAAUGAAAACGAAAAGCAGAAUCAGCAAGUAAAGAAAGCAGAUUCAAAAACCUUAGAUCUUGAGUGUAUAGAUAAAACUAAAGAUAAAAACAUGUCCUAUAAGAAAAAUGGUGAAAAGUCCGAAAAGACAACAAAUAUAAAGAGAAUUGAACCGACUGUUAAGGAGACAGCGGCAGGUUUGCCUAGUUCCCCCAAAAAAAAAGAAGUGGCUAAAACCGAAAUAAAUACACCAACAUCGCCUAAAAAAAAAGGAAAGGAUAACGCUAAGCCAGAGACCACUACGAUUAAGCCAAACGAUCCAAAGUUAAAUUUACAGGAAAUGAAAAAGACGGAAAUGACAGAAUGCAAAAGAGAAUUAUUGUACAGCAAUCCUUCAAAGACGGGGGAUAUAAAAGUUAUUGGUGGUAAGAAUGCCAAUAGCGGCGAAGUAAUUAAAUCACUGGAAGUAAUAAAAACUACAGCAAGUAUCGAUUCACCACCACCAAGCGCUAGGAAAAGUCUUAGUGGCGCAGAUAUCAUUACUAAAAGUUUAAGUCGCCAAGAUGGCCCAAAAUAUCCCAAUUUAGGGACAAUAAAUAGAGCUUCAAAAACUUCAAAUUUUGAAAAAUUACUUCCCGAGUUGCCUACACCCAAGGAUAUAAAGGAAUCAUUUAGUACGUCGAAAUCAAACACUAAAAAAAGUAAAAAGCCCUUACCAGAAUUUGAAGAGUUUCCCAGUUUAAAAUUACUGGAGCCUUUGCCUCCAUUGCCUUCUUUAGAACCUUUGGAGUUAAUUGUGGAUAAUAGGACCACUUGUAUUAAAGAAAUCAGUUUAAUUAAUUUUGAGAGUCCUGUACAAGAAAAUCCUGCAGUGGAACGUAAAAUUACUCCUCCCGCGCGAAAUUUUACAGAGCAAAAUCUAAUUUAUGCUUUGUGUGGUUCGCUACACUAUGAAAAUGAGCAGCAGGUACGCAAUUCGCCCGAAAAACCUGACAUUUCACCUACGAUGUCAUCCACUCGCUCUUCUUCGGCCUUAGAGGAGGCCUCAAUGGCUGAUUAUAAAUCUCUAACUGAAAAUGAAGAUCCUUAUAUGAGUUUAGAGCAGAGCUCUCAAGAAACUACUACCACAAAUACCAACACUACAAAUGAGAAAUGUUCUAGUUCAGCCCAUUCCUCCGGUUCAGAAGAGAUUGUCGCUGUAGAAGGAGAAAAAAAACUAACCAAAAAACAAAAACGCAAAAAGCAACAGCAGCAGCAACAAUCCGAAAAAGAACAAGAAAAACAAAAUGUGUUGAGAGGAGAAGAUGACGAGGAGUUAAGGCCCUUAAUAGCUAUGACCGAAUCUCAAAUUGAGCAACUGCCAAGAUCGGCUCAAAAUAUGGAAACAGCUUUGCUGGAUGAUAGUUUCACAGUGAAUCCCGUAACGGUGCAUAAUCUAGGACAAUCUACUACGGAUAGUGAGGAACCAAUGCCAACUACGACAUCAGAUGAUAAUGUUUUCACUAUGCCGGCUCCUACCACUCAUAAAAUUAAAACGAAAAAAUUGGAACGCAAAUUUAAUUUGAUGACAGCCAUUGAGGCGGCCACGUCGUCGUCUACAUCUUCAGCAGAAGAAAGUGGUGUAGAAAUUGGAGGGGUGGAACGAUCAUCCGAACAUGAUGACUCUCUAAUUGCAAUUAACACAACGACAAUCAGUGGUAUGACACCUUUGACUUUAUUGGCUGCACAAAGUGGGGCUUCAAAAAAGAAAACUAAACGGCGCAGGAGAUAAGAAUUAGCAAUCUGUUUGCUGGGUAUUUUUUCUUUACUGCUUAUCUAUUAUUGCUAUAUAGUCUAUAAGGCUACAGAAGAAGAAACAAAAGAACUUCAUAAAUCGGCUAAAGAUAAUCAAGCAAUAAUGAAAUGAGAAAGCUUAAAGGAAGCCAAAACUCCAGCAAUAAACUUUAGUAUACUUUAUGGAUUAUAAUUUUAACAUACAUGUAGCAUAUUUUAUAGAUAAUGCUAUAAAUCAAAUUUGUAACAUACUUUGGGGGGCAUUAUUUACUAAGUUUAUUAAAUUCGUUUUCAAAUAGUUUAAGUAAACUAAUUAUACACAAAAAGUGUUGUAUAUAUUAUUACAAUAAAUAAAACGUCACAAACUGUUUUCAUUUAAAGCUAUAUAUGAAGUAAUAUUUUUAAAAUGUUAUUAAUAAUAAUACCUUACGUCUCCGUAUAGCUUAUACAAUAUAAUUUAAAAAAAAAUACAUAAGAAAAUACAAAAAUAUUUAUUAAGUGCAGUUAGUUGUAAGUGAAAUAGAAAACAAGAAAGAAAGCAUCACUCAAUAAAUUAUUUGAGAUUUUUUUUCUUUUCGUUAAUAUUAAGUUUGACGUAAUGGUAAUUUGUUUUCUUUCUUUAGUAAUUUAUUAUUGUAGUUUUAUUUAAAUAUUCUACUAUGUGAAAAUUUUUAUGCAGUAUUUCCGAUUAUAAUUUUUUUAAAGCUUACUUUCACCUAAAAUAUAUUUUUGCCAAACUUUAGUUUACGUUCUGUAUAUAUUAACGAAUUUCAAAAAGUAUCAAUUAACUAUAUAUUAUAAUGAACUAAAAAAAAAGAAAACGAAAGAAAAAAAUUACAAUAAUUUAAAAAUAAUA